GCCUGGCUUGCUGGUAGUGUUUCGCGACGCUCCAAUUCGUCGGAGCACAAAUUACAUAUUCUAUACCGUUAACGCCCAUCGAAAGGAUUCGCGCGCGUGCGACUCAACAACAUCAUCAUCAUCAGACAUCAGCAUUUACCUAACUUGGAUACUAUCAUAUACAUAUAUAUAUUAUGUGUAUAUAAAUAAAGGAUUAAAUUACAUAAUAAGUGCCGAAGUGUAUCAGUGACUGUACAGUUCUAAAAAGGACCUCAUAAAUAUGUAGCUAAAUCGCAGACUACUCAGAAACAAAUAUUAGUGCAAGUUAACAAUUUUAAUUAAAAAAUAUCUAUACAUCAAAAGAAUAAGGCAUGAAGAUACCGUUAGCAUUAUUGUGCCUAUGCAGCACAGUGUGGGCUAGUUCGAACCCGAUCGCCAUACCGGACUGUAUACUUGCUGCGUCCGGCGGUUAUGCUUACCCACCACCAAAAGUGCAACUAUCAGUAUCGCCUGCAAGAGCCAAAUACAAAUUGCCUGACGGUGGAUAUCUCGAUGUUAAUACAGUAAAGUCCUCCGAAUCGUACUAUGAGAGCGCGUCAUCAUCAAAGGGAGGUGGUGUCAUAUACGCAGAUCAGCCACUGAAAACAUCGGGCUUGAUUCAACCUGAAAUCCAAUUGAAGAAUCUACUUACGCCAGCUAUUUCCAAAACUGUGCUAUUGCCCCCAAAAGAAGAGAGCAUAUCGAAUGCAUAUCUGCCUCCUGCCGAAACAAAACUGACUGGAUUAACGAAAUCUUAUGUGACAUUACCGAACACCCUCUCAAAAAGUGCUGGAUAUGAAUCCUCUGAAUACUCAUACUACCAAUCAAGUCCCCAAAUUUCAAAAACUACUGCCUAUGUGCCUACACCAGCAGUCACCUAUGGCGCGCCAUACACACAGAAAUUAUCAGGCGCCGUAUCUUCCGCAAGCCUUACGAAAUUGGAUGGUAAUUUGUUGAGCGGAAAAUCGUUGACGCCACUUGGCUCAUACUCUUACGCACCGCAGCUAUCAAGCGCAUAUAUCUCAAGUGCACCGACCUCAUUGGGAUAUUCGUCGGAUUUGAAAUUAGGUGGUUACCAAACCCAAUAUCUGACUUCAUCUGCCGGUUUGUCUAAGGGUAGUGCAAGCGGCGCGUUGUCACAACAGUAUAUAUCGAAACCGAUACAGCAAAUUAGCUACGCGGCUCCGGCUUUACCCAAAAUCUCAACACUUGUUGCGCCGGCUAUUGGCGGUAGUCUAUAUGCAGGCGGUAGCGGCCUUUCAUAUAGCUCUGGUGGCGCUGUUUCUCAUCAGUCCGUUUCCAAGCCACUUCAAUCGGUCAGCUAUUUAACUCCCAGUGCGCCUAAAGUUGCUGCUUUAGCAACCCCAUUGAUAACGCCGGCGGUUAGUCAGUACGCGUCCGCGCCACUCUUACCCAAGAUAGCCAGUUACGCGUCCCCUGCUGUUUCAUCUAUUCAACCAGGAUCUCAGUCUAUUAAAUAUGUGGGCGGUGGAGCAGUAUCCCAUCAGUAUGUCUCAAAACCACUGCAGACAGUGAGCUAUGCCGCGGCACCUGUAGCAAAGAUACCAGCAGUUUCAAUUCCAGCCGUUGCUAAAGUAGCUGCAUACCCUGCUCCAGCAGUUACUCAGUAUUCAUCAGGUCUCGGCAUUGCACAAUAUUCUACAGGUCAUGGUAUUUCCAGUGGCGCAAUUUCACAUCAGCAAGUCUCCAAGCCCUUACAACCGGUGAUAUAUUCCGCUCCCGCGAUUGCGAAGGUCGCCGCAGUCGCACCAGUAGUUACACCUGCUAUUACGCAAUACUCAACAGGUUCUGGCUUAUCAUCUAUUCAUGCGGGAUCUCAAUCUGUUAAGUUUGCCAGUGGAGGCGCGGUAUCACAUCAAUAUGUUUCAAAACCAUUGCAGACUGUAAGCUAUGCAACAGCACCUGUAGCCAAACUACCCGCUGCUGUACUACCGGCCACGCCUUCAAUUACGCAAUACACCUCUGGAUUGGGAGUCUCACAGCAUGGCGUUACCCAGUAUUCUUCCGCUCACGGUAUUUCCAGUGGGGCGAUUUCUCAUCAACAAGUUUCCAGGCCUGUGCAGGCACUAACCUAUACCGCCCCGGCGAUUUCUAAAGUAGCGGCAGUUUCACCUAUCCUGCAGCCAGCUCUAACUUCUAUCCAAGCGGAUGGUCAGUCACUCAAGUACGGCAGCAGUGGUGCUAUUUCCCAUCAAUACGUCUCGAAACCUUUGCAGUCUGUAAGUUAUGCCGCCGCUCCUGUUGCUAAAGUAGCGCCAGUGUCUGUACCUACUGUCGCUUUAAAUUAUGCUGCUCCAGCCUUGUCGUCGAUUUCUGGCGGCAGUUAUUCAUCUUACGGCGCUUCUGGUGCGGUAUCACAUCAACAGGUUUCUAAGCCUAUACAAACCGUAACAUAUUCAGCUCCUGCCAUUGCCAAAGUCGGCGCCGUAACAUCAAUUGCAGCUCCUGCUCUCACCCAAUAUACCGCGGGCUCUGGAUUAUCAUCUAUACACACUGGUUCGCAAUCAGUGAAAUACGCAGGUGGUGGCGCAGUAUCUCAUCAGUAUGUGUCCAAACCCUUGCAAACGGUAAGCUAUGCGCCCGCGCCACUAGCUAAAGUCUCAACACUUCCUGUACCAGCUGUCGCUAAAGUCUCUACGUACGCUGCACCUGCACCAGUCAUUUCACCUUAUUCUUCUGGUUACGGCAUAUCGGGCGGUGCACUUUCCCAUCAAUACGUCUCAAAACCCUUACAGCCCGUCACUUAUACAGCUCCAGCUGUCGCGAAGCUUGCUGCCGUAGCGCCAGCUAUAACACCUAUCGUGGCUUCAUAUCCAUCGGGUGCGGCGCUAACAUCUUUAACUAAAGUCGCUGCUGUCGCGCCAAUCGCUGCACCAGCACUUACGCAAUAUACUUCGGGAUUGGGCUUAUCUUCCUUGCAUUCGGGCUCUCAGUCAAUAAAAUAUGCCAGCAGUGGCGCAGUCUCCCAUCAGUACGUGUCUAAGCCCGUUCAAACCGUAAGUUAUGCCUCGGCACCCUUGGCAAAAGUAGCAGCACUUCCUACGCCAGCCGUUGCAGUACCCACCGUUACAAAAGUAGGAGUCUACGCGGCGCCCACAGUCACGCAAUAUUCUGCAGGGCACGGCAUCUCAAGUGGAGCUAUUUCACAUCAACAAGUUUCUCAACCUUUGCAGCCAUUGGCCUUGGCAACUCCUGCGAUAACGAAGGUCGCGCCAGUUCUCACGCAAUAUUCUACAGGCUCCGGCUUAUCAUCACUCCAAUCGAGUUCUCAAUCCCUAAAAUAUUCAAGUGGUGGCGCAAUUUCACAUCAAUACGUCUCCAAGCCAGUACAAACAGUAAGUUACGCAUCGGCGCCCUUGGCAAAAGUCUCAGCGGUAGCUACGCCCGCCGUUGCGCAUUAUUCGUCUGGUCUAGAUGUGUCCCAUGGUGCCACCAGUUACGCAUCAUUAGGUGGUGGCGCCAUUUCUCAUCAACAAGUUUCGAAACCGGCACAAUCCUUGCUCUUUGCAACACAAGCUGCUACACUAACCACACCAGCCAUAAGUGGCGCUAAAGGUUACCUUGCACCUGUACUCGGCAUAACAAAGUCAACGGGUUAUCCAGCUCCCGGCGUAACAUCUAUACAAUCGAGCACGGGAUUUGCAAAAUACGGUUCCAGUGGAUCUAUUUCCCAGCAAUAUGUUUCGAGACAACCAAUACUACAACAGGCUCCUGCUAUUGCAGUAGGCAAAGUAGCUUCUUACGCAUCACCAGCCAUCGCAUCUGUUGUAUCUACCCCUGCGGUAGCCAGUAUAGGAGGUUAUGCCUCUCCAGCUUUAGCCUCAACGAUUCAUGCAAGCACUGGCUUGGCCAAACUAACCGCUGGCGGUGCAAUAUCUCAACAAUACUCUGGUAUUUCUGGUAAAGCAGGUAUUACUUCGUAUACAACUCAUACAUCACCAGGCGGAAUUAGUUUGGGUAAAUACGUAUCCGAUGCGGCGAUUCUACAACAACAGCCAAUUACUAUAACUAGCAAUUUGGCGCUUCCAGUAUCGGGCAAAUCUAGUUACAGUUAUUCUGCUUCAACACCGCUUAUCUCAACUGGCUAUCCAACUUCUGCUCUGGCUCAUGGCUCAUAUUAUGGCGCAAUCUCAUUAGGCCACGCCGGACAGUCACCGAUCUUGAAACUUGGCGGUGGAUUAGGACCAACUGGUUUGCAUGGACUUAGCGGCAGCGGCUUAAGUAUUGCGCCCUUAAAACUCGGCGCCCAGCCGAGCUUACAGCUACUUAGUGGUCAGGCUGAGCCACUUAAUGGCUAUGCGCAUGGAAUCGGUGGCAUCGGACCAUUGGGUGCUGGUCUUUAUAGAUAUGCGCCAUCAGUUUCGCCUUUAAUAACGAAAAGUGCCAGUCCUACAGCAUAUUUGAGAACACAACCAGCGCUAAAAAUACAACCGGCUGUCAUCAAAACGAUACCAGAAAAACACUACGAACAUUAUAGUGACCAUGCCAGAUAUGCGUUCGAAUAUGGUGUUAACGAUCCCUAUACAGGCGAUAUAAAACAUCAGAAGGAGGAGCGUGAUGGUGACGUGGUAAAAGGUGAAUACUCUCUUGUGGAGCCCGAUGGUAAUGUGCGCACUGUCAAAUAUUAUGCCGAUUGGGAGACUGGAUUCCAUGCUGAAGUCAUUAAUAGUCGAGAUUCCGGAAAAUUAGUCACAAAACGGAGUUCACAGAAAUCGUGAAUAAUGUUAAGAUACUCGUAAAUGAAAGAAAUUUUAGUUAAAUACGCUCAUUCAUCAUUUUUGUAUCAUCUUUUACGUAUUUGUAGUUAGUUUAAAAGAAAUGUCAUCUACAUACAUAUGUACACACAUAGGUAUAUGUAUAAUUACGUAUGUAUGUAUGAACAUUUGUGAAAGGACCUUUCAACACGAUGUAUCACAUAUUCAUUACAUGAAAAACCGAAGUUUUCCAGUUCAGUACUUAAAAUUGUAAUGAAAACUACUACACCUUUGGUCGAACAUAAAGUGGUAUGAAAAAUCGAAAAAUAUAAUCUGAAAUUUUAUAAGUACAUAGUAUUUAAAAUGUCUGUGUUAUAUAAAAAUUUCAGAACUUUUAAAUAUAUAUACAUAUAUUACAUAUGUACAUAUAUAUAUAUAUAUAUACUUAUAUAUUUCAACUACAAUAAUUGUCCUGAUACAGCGUGGAUAUUCGCAAACGAUACUCAAGAUCUUUCAUUUUCAGCUCAUAAAGGCCGUUGUAAAUAAAAAUAAAUAAAAUAAAUACGUAUAAGUAUCUAAAA